GACACCGCCAUGGUCAAGGUCUACGGAACCUCGGCUUCCAAUGCCAACGAGAGGGAGCACAACUCUGUUUCCCGCCAGAUUGCGUUCACCCUCGCAAUCUCUGCCUUGGCACUCACCGUCUGCUGUGCCUUGAUCGCUUCUGCUGAUCUCAAGGGCAACCGCGUCGCCCUCUACGGCCUCGGAUCCGGAGAGGAGCAGGACGCUGACAACUCCAUGGUUACCACUUUCGAGACCUUCGCUGGCCAGGACGAAUACAUGGAGGAACUUUUGGGUGAUGAAUACUAUCAGGAACUUUUCAAGGAGAUCGCUGAUUCUGAGCCAAUCUCUGAGGCUGUUGAUGAAGUGAAGGUUGCUGUUGACGAGGCUAAGAAUGAGCACAAGACCUUGCAGAUGUUCGCUGAGGGUGCCGAUGCUCCUCUCUCUUAAGCGAGUAGUUUGCUUGUAGGAUAAUAGCUGUCUUCGCUGUAUUCGAUUUUCACUGAUGAACAGCUGCUUCCCUGCUUCUGCGGAUCGAUCUUUGUCACAGAUACAGCUGAUUUAUUAAUCUUUAGACAAACUCAUAUCCUUUAUAAAGAUAUGACAACCAAA